AUGGAUCAUCUUUCACGGCUUUCCAAACGCAUUCGGGGAAUCGCCAAGGCAGUUGUUUCGUUCUCAUCAUCAAUCGUGGAUCAUAUCACACUGAAGCGACGGUGUGAAAAUGAAGAUUCUGAUGAAGGGGAUGAUGAUGAUUCGGAUUCCAUCGACAUUGAUCCAUUCGAAGCAGUAUUGGAAAGAGUGAAAGCGAAGCGUAUUCGUGAAUACGUGACAACGAUUCGCGCGAAGACUCUUUCAAACGAUAAGAAGAAAAUUCCUAACGUUGAGGUUAAGUCUCCUACUUUCAUAGGGGAGCACAUUUGCUAUAGGGUGAAGUUUGCCGACGGAGUUAGCUGGAUUCUCAAAGUCCCAGCUAUCGGAACCCCUGAUCAAUUUGACAAAGACGAUGCCGAGACCCUUCGCUCGGAAGCAUUGACGAUGAUCAUGCUGCGGCGCGAGACAACCAUACCAAUCCCCGAGGUCAUUUCAUACAACAUUACAUGCUCAAACAAGCUCAAAGUUCCCUUCAUUCUCAUGGAGUUCAUCGACGCUCGGCCUUUGGACGAAGUCUGGCAUGACCGGGAAUCUCCGAAAGAAGUUGUACAGGCUCGGCGUACACGCUGUCUGCGGGAUAUUGCUGCAGCGUAUAUCCAGCUUGGAAAAUACACUUUCAACGAAGAUAGGCCCCUGCGAUUUGACGACGAAGAUUGCCUUAUAGGUGUUGUACCCGUGAACAACGACCCAUUCUCGGGCCUCAGAGAGGGUUGUACUUCUCGUCUGGACAGAUGGGGGAACGAGGAGGUUGAGCAUCGAAAGGGGUUGCAGAAGCUUCUUCGGAUGUUUGUCGACUGGACUCCAGAGCCAAAUGGUGGGAAAUCAUUCGUUUUGUCACAUCCAAACCCCAAUAUUUUCAACUUCCUUGUCUCGGAAGAUGGUUCUGUGCGGGCAAUCCUCGAUUGGCACGGCGCGCAUACCAGUUCGCCGAGUAUAGGGAAUGAGUCGUAUCCACUAUGGCUGAUGCGCGACUGGGACCCGAGCGUAUAUAUAUGGAGUGAAGAGAUGGAACAGGGGAUUCAUGACGAGGAAAAUGUUUGGGAAGACUCACCGGACACACUGAAGUUCUAUCAAAAUGUCUAUGCGCAAUGUAUCGCAGAUCUGCGACCAGAAAGCGAGAAUGCCAAAGUGACCCGAAAUUCCGUUCUCUUUCAACAUUUGAUGAUGGCGACGGGAGACCCGAUGUUUAGCUUAGGCAUUACCGAAAAGAUCCUUCUCGAAGUCAUGAAGCGAGUGGAUAAGAAUAGCAACAACAAAGACAGCGGAAACUCGGGUUCUUCCAAAGAGCAUUUGACGGGCGAUCACAGUUCACCGAAUGAGACAGAGGACGCGGGCCAUGGUGGUAUUGAAGCGGACAUGGAUGGAGAAGAUGAAGACGAAUUUUUUGAUAUUUAUGAAUUUCUCCAGGGUUUGAGCAAAGACGGCCUAUGUGAGCACCGACAGAAGCUUUUCAAGAAGGGGUUUCAGGCUUUAUUUAUUAGUUAG